AUGUGUGCUAAAGAAACCCACCCCCUUCCCGGGACCGAGACCGGGCCUCGGCGGGCUUGUCUCCCACAAAGCUGCAGGGGCCCAUUCGACUUCCCCUACUGA